AUGCCGUCUUCUACGCGUACUGCUUGUCGGAUCUGCUCUCUGCCCACGACCCAUUGGUGCAGUCUCUGCCAGAAUGCGUGGUAUUGCUCCGAAGAGCAUUACCGACAGGACUGGCCGCAUCAUCGAGAACAAUGCCAAGGCUCGCCGCAGAGUAGCCCACGAUUGACCGCCACGCCGUCUCCCACUGAGGCCGAGCACAUAUCCACUGCCGGUGUCCUCUUCGUCUCGGAUGAAGAACGACCACGAUUCAUCUCCGUGAAAUGCCGUCCGCCAGCUCAGCCGCUGCUCCAGGCGUACUUCGACUCGCCGCCGGAGAGCGUCGUGCUCACCCAAGGCCUCAACGGCGAACCGCUGCGCUUUCCGCUGCACAUAUUUUUCUCACCCAUCGCCUUGGCAAAGGGAUCCCCCAUCAACCGACCCAUCUAUCAUAUCACGUCGGGGGCCGCGCCGAAGGCUUGGUGCGGUAACGUGGUGGCGCUCAAGUUCAGCGGCGCCCGCCGACAGGCGUACACAGAGGCGGGCGCCAACGAUCUCCCCGCCUUGUCGGCAUACUUCCUCUCUUACAGAUAA